AUGACCAACGACAGGGACUACAACCUGCCUGACCUGGAAGAUUAUCUGGCGAUUGACUGCGAAUUCGUGGGAUGUAAAUCAGGUCAAGCACUAGCCAGGGUCGGUAUAGUAAAUCACGAAGGGUCGAUCGUACUCGAUACGUACGUGUACGUGAAUCCUGAGAACAGAGUCGAUUAUAGAACAUCAACAAGUGGAAUCAGACCUGGUGAUUUGGAUGGAGCACCAACGUACGAACAAUGGGACAUACAUUAUUUAACGAUUUGUCAGCGAUAG